CGUCGCUCGUUCAGUCCAACUUUAUAACAGCGACGGCAAACUGUCUGAGAGUGUGGCGUUACUUGACAUAUUGCUUUCUUUUCUGCCCUGGGUCGCUUCGUCUUACAAGGAAACGGGGCGACUUGUCUUACGAGAUUUGUGUUCUAGUGGGCCGAGCUCGCUUCUGUAGCUCCUUGUAUCAUGGCAUUUCCUCGAGAGUUACUCAUUCUCAUGUUUUGGGUAUUCCUCAAGUCUGAGAUCGUAACUGCCCAAGUUGUACGUAGAGGUAUUUGCCCCUCGUUCGAACCCCCCGAGGAAUGUCCAUCCACACCUGAUAACGAUUGUUUGGUUGACGGAGAUUGUGAUUUCUCCUUGAAGUGCUGCAGUGAUGGCUGUGGAAAAAGGUGUAUAGAGCCACUACCUGAGCCAAGGGAACAAAUCGUGAUAGGUCCAAAUGGUCGAAAUGGGAGCCCCGGGCCUAAAGGUUUUCCUGGAGAACAAGGUCCCCCAGGUGCAAGCACUGGUGAGGGAAUAAAAGGGCCUCCCGGACCACGAGGACCCCGUGGACAACCCGGCUCUCGAGGUGUGCCAGGACCUCCAGGGCCACCGGGAUCACCGUCCAUUGGACAGAUUCCAACUUAUCCAGGCGAAAAAGGUCCUGUUUAUAAUCCGCUAAUACGACACGAUACGAUGGCAAGCGUGCGGGAAAUACCGGGACCUCAAGGCCGACCGGGGCCAAAAGGAACCAUGGGAUAUCCCGGUGGACCAGGAAGUAACGGAUUAUCAGGAGAACAAGGAUACUCURGUCCAAGAGGAGAUCCCGGAGCGGUUGGUCAGCCAGGCGCAAAAGGUUUCGAGGGUGAUCGAGGUGCUCCGGGAAAACGAGGAAGGCGUGGCUACCCUGGACCCAAGGGCGUUGUCGGUGACCCCGGUAAAGACGCACAUAAUGGGAAGGCCGGUCAUCAAGGAAAGCGUGGCCGCGUAGGGGAAGCUGGUGGGGCGGGAGAGGAUGGUGAGAGGGGACCAGAUGGAGAACCAGGCGAAGAAGGACCCGUUGGUAAACAAGGUCCAGCUGGACGUAAAGGAAUUCAAGGACCUUUUGGGACAGUUGGAAUGCAGGGUCCUAUUGGGAAUAGUGGCCCGGCUGGUAGAAUGGGAGUUCAGGGUUCAGCUGGUCCGAGUGGUGCUCCUGGUAAACCUGGUGUACCAGGUCCCAAGGGCAAAGAAGGCCCACGAGGGGAGAAGGGAUAUGCUGGCGUUGAAGGAGAUAGAGGAGACAGAGGAAAACCGGGUGUCAAGGGUGCUAAUGGUAACAUCGGUAGAGCUGGUGUUCCAGGAAGACCUGGGGCAAAAGGAGUUCACGGUGACCGCGGAGAACAAGGUGUCUCUGGUAUACAAGGCAACCCAGGACCUCGGGGAUACAACGGAGCCGAGGGACCGCGGGGUAGCCCAGGACAAACGGGCGACAGAGGUAAAGAUGGCGGCAUAGGUCCCGUGGGGAACAAAGGACGACCGGGCAGACCAGGCGUUACUGGCAUGAGAGGAUUACCAGGAGUACCUGGACGAAGGGGUGCACGCGGAGACUCCGGAGAAGAGGGUCCGGAAGGAAAUCCUGGAGAAAGGGGAGUACCUGGAGCACAGGGUGUUGCUGGACCCGACGGGUUGCGAGGUAGAAAGGGACCUGAAGGGGUACGCGGCAAACGAGGCCUUCGUGGAAGGAAGGGAGACCAUGGCGAAACUGGAGCUGAUGGUCGGGACGGGUUACCUGGUGAACCGGGUAUUCGUGGACGACCGGGCACAUCAGGAAAAGACGGCUAUCCUGGAUCUGUUGGUAAAAACGGUGAUGAUGGAAUAGCCGGGGAAGAUGGUCUUCAGGGGCCACCGGGACCAGUUGGCUCUGAAGGACUGCCGGGACCAAAAGGAGAUGCGGGUGCGUCAGGAACUAAAGGUAUCUCUGGACGACCCGGUAAAAUCGGCUCUAAAGGUAAUAGAGGCGAAGCUGGAGCCAUGGGUGAUGCUGGUAAACGCGGAAUAAUGGGAGCUCCUGGGCAGUUAGGCGAACAAGGAAACCAAGGACCUGAAGGAGAUCGGGGUUCUGUGGGCAAGCAAGGCAUCCAAGGAGUCAGUGGGUCGAAAGGUGAACAGGGAUUCCCUGGAGACAGAGGAUCAGAUGGCCUGCCUGGAAAACCGGGAAAGCAAGGAGCUGCCGGUGAGAAGGGAGACCCUGGAGACAUGGGUUUACAAGGACCCGUUGGUAACCCCGGCUCAGCAGGAAGACAAGGUCCAGCUGGUAUCAAAGGACCGAUGGGAGACAGGGGACGCCGUGGAGACAUCGGUAUUCGAGGCGAAAAAGGAAUCCGUGGUGCAGCUGGGAAGCCAGCAGCCAAGGGCGAGCCGGGUGAUCCUGGUAAGAAUGGUCGAGUGGGCAAGAAUGGAGAGAUGGGCCUACAGGGUCUUCCAGGACCCGAUGGAAAGCAAGGCAUCGAUGGAGUCCAGGGUCAAAAGGGAGAAUCUGGUGAAAGAGGCAAACCUGGAGCUCACGGUAACAUGGGAGACUCUGGUGAGCGAGGAGACAUGGGAGCUCCUGGAAAACAAGGCUUCCUUGGCCAAGCAGGCGCAGCAGGUCCUUUGGGUCAGCCUGGAAUAGUGGGACUGAUUGGACUCAAGGGCGGAGUAGGCGACAUAGGAGGAGCUGGUCCAAGAGGUCCAACUGGUAACAAGGGCCCAACAGGAGGCCAAGGAGCCAAAGGAGGUGCAGGAGAUAUAGGAGGAGAGGGAGAUGCUGGUCGUAAUGGUGCAAGAGGCAGGCCUGGAUUGCCGGGCCCUCCUGGUGAAGCUGGAUCCUCCGGAAAAAUUGGUCCACCUGGAUUCCCCGGAAAAAGGGGUGGAAAAGGAGCCCAGGGAGUCGCAGGUGAAAGAGGAGACGCAGGAUUACCCGGACAGCCUGGACAACUAGGAAUAAAUGGAAUGACGGGUGAUAGUGGUAUCCAGGGUGCGAUCGGACCUGUUGGUCCUCCCGGUGGGUCUGGACCUCAAGGACCUGCGGGAUCAAUUGGUGGGAAGGGAUCACGUGGUCUUCGUGGUCUUGACGGCUCCAAGGGGGAACGCGGUGAAGCUGCGAAACCUGGGAAACCUGGGAAACCAGGACCUACGGGAGAACAAGGAAAACCUGGAAAGACAGGCAAAAAAGGACCAACGGGAGAAAUAGGUCCAAGUGGAGCUGCUGGGGGCAUUGGAGCAAGGGGAGCAAAUGGGAUCAAGGGCUUACAAGGAGCAACAGGUGCAAUAGGUGGCCUCGGUGUUCCAGGUAUACCUGGAAUCGAAGGAGAACCUGGUGAAUCUGGUGUUCCUGGAAUCGACGGAGUAUUGGGUCCAGAAGGACGUACCGGCUUGAAGGGAAUGCCAGGAGUACCGGGAGAACAGGGAGCGCAAGGUAUUACGGGAAGUAAAGGUGACACCGGCAACCAAGGACAGAAGGGUGAAGUUGGUGUCCAAGGUCAGCCCGGCCCUCAAGGACCGAUGGGAAUUGACGGAGUACUCGGUUCUCGUGGGGAAACAGGAAGCAGAGGAGAAACGGGUAAUAGGGGACCUGUUGGCUCAUUCGGUCCCGCGGGACCACGAGGAAACACUGGCCCACAGGGUCCUGAUGGAUCUGUUGGUCCCAUGGGUCAAAAGGGAGACCGUGGACCUCAGGGAGAAGAAGGAUUUCAGGGCAAUCCUGGACCUCCCGGACCACCCGGCAUACCUGGCUCCGUGGUUGGCAGAUACUCAUUGCUCCAAUCUGCCCCGAAUCUAGCAACAACCAAGACAGAUCAGAUGCGGCUGUACAGAAGUAUUGCUGGAGCUCAAGCAAAAGAUCCUAUGUUCCUCAACAUUAACAAGUUCUCAGAUCCAACUGCAGCAUACUUAUCUCUCAGCGUUCAAGUGGAAGUCUUCAAAAGACCCCUUGGCACCAGACUUCACCCUGCCAGAAUGUGCCGUGACCUUAAAUUAGGUAGACCCAAUCUAGAGAAUGGUGAAUACUGGAUUGAUCCUAAUGAAGGCACCAUCGAUGAUGCAUUACUCGUCUUCUGUGAUUUCAGUUUAAAUGCCUCUUGUAUUUUCCCCAACAAAACAAGGACAGAGAAAAAGAAAUGGUUUUUUGGUCCUGAUGGCUACAAAUGGUUUGGUAAAUACUUCAAUGGAUUCCAGCAAUUCAAGUACGCCUCAGAUCCCAUUCAACUUAUCUUCCUACGUCUGCUGAGUGACCGCGCCAAGCAAAACGUCACAUACCACUGCCGCAACUCAGCAGCCUGGUACGAUGAGGAGUCACAUGACUAUGGAAAGUCAAUCAAGCUUCAAGGAGAUAAUGGAGUAGAGCUCCAUGCCUCGAGCACCAAGAAAUACAAACCAACGAUUCUUAAAGAUGACUGCCGAGUUAAAGAUGGUACCUGGCGUCAGACAAUAAUGGAAAUCGACACAGGCAACCCAAACCGUCUCCCUAUCCACGAUAUUGCUGUAUACGACAUUGGAGACACGGACGAGGAGUUUGGACUUGAAAUAGGACCAGUUUGCUUCUCUUGAUAAUUCCAAGACCUUCCGCUGACCUCUGCGACUGCUGUCCUAUUCUUGAUUUAAUUUAUCGCACAUUGUUUCCCAGAUAAUAUCCGCCCUUUUUUAAGUAAAAAAUGUGUAAAUAAAUAGGAGGAAUAGAAUAAAUGGAGACUGAGAAUUUACCCUGUUUGUACAAUAGCCCACUUCCGAGAUAUGCUUCGCUUGUCACGCACAAAGGUUUCAUUAUGAGGCUACGUGCUAAGUGCUCAGCCAUUCGUGAAAGGCGGUAAGAAUGAAUUUAAUUUUUGUGCGUGACAAGCGAAGCAUAUCUCGGAGGCGGGGUUUAGUAUUUGCUCUUCCUUAUGUGUUUCGUACCUUUUAUUCUUUUACCAUAAGUAGCAUAGUUUACUUAUUCUAUCGCGGUAUCUUGUAAGUUUAGACAUUAAAAGUGAGAAUACACAAAUGGCGACUUCUUGUUAUACAUAAAAAUAACAAGUCUGUGUUCAACGUCUAUCUACUCUGAAGGAGGGGAGGCUAAGUAGCGAUUGUACACGGGGCAAGAGAUUAAACAUGGGAUACUAU